GGGAAAAAAUGGCGGAGCCGGUGAAGGGGCGAGGAGCGGCCCCGGCCGGGAAAGCGCUGAGCGCCGAGCAGGUUGUGUCCCGCUUUAAUCGUCUCCGGCAGGACCAGCGUGGUUUGGCCUCCAAAGCGGCCGAGCUGGAGCUGGAGCUCAACGAGCACAGCCUGGUGAUCGAGACCCUGCGGGAGGUGGAUCCCACCCGGAAGUGUUUCCGUAUGGUCGGGGGGGUGCUGGUGGAGAGGACGGUCAAGGAGGUGCUGCCUGCACUGGAGAGCAACAGGGAGCAGAUCUCCAAGCUGAUCGAGGCUCUGGCUCAGCAGCUCCAGGCCAAGGGUCGGGAGCUCUCGGAAUUCCGGGAACGUCACAACAUUCGGCUGCUGGGGGAGGAUGAGCCCAAAGCCCCGGCCCGGGAGGGGCCCGAGGGGGGCAAGGGGGGUCCUGGGGGGGUCUUGGUGUCCUGACCCCCCCCUUCCCCCACAAUUCCCAGAAGGAUUUUGGGUUCAUUUUGGGGGCUAUGGGGCGGGUCUCGGUGUCCUAAAACCCCUCCACAUUUCCCAGAGGGAUUUUGGGGGUCCCCGGGAGGGAGUGUUGGUGUCCUGACCCCCCCUCACCCCCCACUCAGUUCCCAGAGGGAUUUUGGGUUAAUUUUGGGAGUCCCAGAGGGGGUCCUGGUGUUUUGACCCCCCCCCCCCCAACAAUUCCCAGAGGGAUUUUGGGUUGGUUUUGGGGGGCUCUGGAGGGGUUUUGGUGUCCUGAACCCCCCCCACACACACACACAAAUCCCAGAUGGAUUUUGGGGGUCCCCGGGGGGGUCUUGUCCCAAAACCCCUCCACAAUUCCCAGAGGGGUUUUGAGUUUGUUUUGGGGGUUUGGGGCAAUAAAUGGGAGUU